AAUCAAUAGUCGCCGCCAUAUUUUUUCACUGAAUGAAGACCAACGCGCUUCGCACACCGAAUAAUGUUAAGUUAAAUAAGUUAUUUAAGAUAAGCUACUGUUGAAAGUGCGCCGAGUGACCAAGUGACCAGUAAGCAUCAAUAGAAACGAUUAGUCGCUAGCAAUAGUUCCUCGAAUCGUCAAUCUGCGGCAUCCUAACGCUGCUUCUUCUUCUUCCUCCGGCUUCAGCAGUCUUAAAAUCCGCGUCCGAGUGCGAAGAAUACCAGUGCAAGUGGUAGUGCGUGUGAUCUAGUGUACGAGAACAGCGAGAGAGGAGCAUGGAAGGAGGCUCAGUGUCCUCGCCAUCGAUGGGCGGUCCACGUGGAGGCGGUUUCCGUGGACGGGGCGGUGGAGCGCCUAUGCGCGGUGGCUUCGAUCGCGGACGUGGUCGUGGCGGUCGUGGACACUUUAUGGGUGGCAUGCGCGGAGGCGGCGGCAGCGGAAUGGGCGGAGGACCGCCCAUGCAGGGCAUGAUGUCGGGUCCUCCGAGGGGAAUGCGUGGAUCCCGUGGUGGAAUGGGCUAUCAGGGACGCGGCGGCGGUUAUCAGCCGCGUGGUGGCGCUCCCAUGGGCAUGCGGGGCGGUCGCCCACCUUUGUACUCGCAGCCUCCCAAACAACACACAGGUGCCGAGAACAACAAGACCGUAUCACCAGUGCCCACCUCGGCGAUCAGUGGAGAACAGCCAGCGGUUGAAGCAGCCGGUGAUGAGGUCACCGAUGGCCAGACAUCAGCGGUCGUCCCGUCUUCGGGCAACUCGCAUGGCGGCAGUUCCGCUCCUGGGGGCAGCAACGGAGGAGGACCUCCUCCAUAUCUGGGCCGUGGACGUGGACGUGGUGGUCCCUUCAGUGGACGUGGACGUGGUGGCGGCGGCUACAAUUCGCACAUGAACGGCAGUGGAGGCGGCAGCAUGUACGGUGGCUCCCACAGCCACCACGGCAAUUCCAUGGGCGGCGGUCCGGGCAGCGAGCACGGUUCGAUGCCCAGGCGCGGAGGUCCUCGGGGCAGGGGCGGCUACAAUCAAGCUCUCAAACGCGGCGCUCCCGGUGGUCCUGGUCCCAAACGCGGUCGCUACGAGGGCGGUCCAUAUGGCCAACGGCCCAUGACGCCCAAGUACCAUUCAACACAGCAGCAUAUGGGUGGUGGAGGAGGCGGCGGCAUGUCUUCGCAGUCCUCUUAUGGCUCGCCGCCAAGUCACCAUGCGCCACAACAAAGCUAUCAGACACACGAGCAGACCCAACAAGUGGACCCCUACGCGCAGAGCGGUUACAGCACCCAGACCACCCAGCAGGGAUACAAUGGCUAUGGCCAGAGCGGUAGCAGCAGCUAUGCGGCUCACACAUCGCAGACAAGUGCUCCGGCGAGCAGCAGCUACGGAGCCCACCACAGCACCGAAUACGAUCAGAGCCAGUAUCAGAACUACAACUCGACGGGCUAUGCCGCACCGCAGGAUACACGGUAUCAGUCGUACAGCCAGGACUACAGCCAACAGUAUGGCUCGACUGCAGUGGACUACAAUGCUACCGGACAAGCGGACUACAGCCAGCACGGAGCGCAAAGCACUGGCUACGAUGAGCGUGCCUACGCGGGUUAUGAUUCGCAGGCGUACUCGCAGAACUAUUCAAAUGCAGCCGCCUACUACUAAACAACCACUUCCCACUCCCACCCCUGACGGCACACUAGAGAACAGAACGCUGCGCGUGCUUCGAUAGGCCAAAAAACCAAAUAAGAAGGGACUAGGGCAGAGUAACAUGGAAGGGAAUAUAUGUUUAAUGCAACAAUUAACUUGCUAUACAUAACACGCAAACACACACAUACGCGGUCACUCAAAGCAUACAAUUUUAGUUUUAAGUAUAAAGUUCUCUUUUUCUUAGCAUUUAAGCAAACUAGUGUUUCGACGUCUUUCUACAUAAACCCCCACCCCAAAUUAACAUCCCCCUUUGUUUCCGUUUCGUCUCCCCAUGAGUACUGAACAGAUAUAUUGAAAUAAUCCGCCUUGCCUGUUGUUUAAUGUUCUCUAAAUAGACAAACGGAGCUAGACUGCACUGAGCUCCAGCCUAAGAAAAUUAAAUGUGCUCCUCCUUAGUUCCAUUUACAAUUACAAGUCAACUGUGACCAAAGUAUGCUACAAUCAUAUUUUUUAUAUGACGGAAAAAUGAGAGUACGUAACAUGAUCUUUUGAAUGAACUAAAUUUAAACAUUUUGUGAAUCAUGUAAAAUUGUAUACAAAUGAAUGCAAUGUAUAUUUUAGUUUUUAAGCUGAAAACCGCAAUCCACUCUCGACACAAUUAUUUUCUAUCCCACAUGCAUCUGAAAGCGUUUAUGAUUUUGCAAGAUUGUGUUUUUUUCUUUAUGAAUGACAAAAACGUGACAAAAGCGUGACUUAUUACUUUUUUGUUUUACAAAAACCUCUUAUAGUGACAAUUUAAGCAAAAAAAAAAGUUCGUAAUAAUGUAACUCCUUAAAUUUAAGCUGAAAAAAAAAACAAGUAACGAAAUACACAAAGUAUAUUAGAAAAAGAUGCAAAAACCAUAACCAUAAUCAAAGUCAAUAAAAUAAUGUUCAAAAAUGUGUUUAAUGCAUUAAACUUAUUUAAGCGUACAUAUUAUUAUUUAAAAUAUUUUGUUUAAAAGAAAUCAAUCAGUAAAACUGCAAAUUAUUAAGCAAAACAAUCAAUCAAAAGACGAAUAAUGAGUGAAAAAUGUGAAAAAAAAACGUAAGACUGAAUAUAUUCACGAACCGAAGCUGCACUGCAAGCAUACAAGUCAAGAAAAAUGAGAGACAAAUGAAUGAAAUAACAGAGUUUUAAGUAUUUACGAAACGAUUACAACAAAUACAUAGAACAAUUAAUCGCCAAGCGAUUAUCAAAGUGCCAAGUAUACCUGAUCAACAAAACUCAGGAUAAAAACUAAACGAAAAUGCAAUAUACCGAAUGCGUUAUGAAAAUUCAAGGACAUCAGUCAAUCAAAUUUUUAAGAUAGUGUCGCGAAAAUAUAUUAUCGAGAAUUUUUACCAUGAUUGAGCUUACACGUACCAUAACAAUUCAAUUAGAUAAAUAUCUAAAAUUACAAACUGAAAGCACUGAAAGUACAAAAUGAAAAUAUAAAAACAUAUUUUGGUAAGUUAAGGUUAAUGCCAAAAAACAUAUAUACAAAAAAUUUAGAAUAUGAUGACCUCAGCAUGCAAAAACUAUUACUGUAAUCUGCUGAUUAAAAGCAUUUCUUUAACAAUUCUACCUCCUUGAAAUAAUUAAGAAGUUAAAGUAAUUAAUUAUAUUAUAAAGUUAACGUUUUGAAAACCUUAAGGUUACUUGAAAAAAAAUUUAACAUAAAAGCUGUUGAGCUCUUCAUACGAGAAAAUACGGCACUUUUGCCGCAUUUACCAUAUAAAUUGCAGCAUUUAGAUUUUUUUACAGGAAUGAGAUAUCAAAAUUAACAAAAUUAAAGCGAUAUACGCUUAUCAAAUCUGAAGGAAACGAACUAAAUGGAUAUGUCAAGGGUGGUAAUCUCAAGCAAACAACACGAAUACAAAGAAAUCAAAGAGAUUAUGAAUAUAUGAAAUAUUUUAUUUUAAAUGUUGCACUUUUAUGUUAUUUAUAUAUUUUCGUUUAUGUAUACAAUGAUUUUAUUUGUUAUUAUUAAGCCGAACCUAAACUACAGUCUUAAAAAGUAUAAACAAGAUAUGCAAAUGAAAAUUUAUUAAAAAGACUGAUACUUCACGAGAUACAAUCUCCAUAGAUCCAAAGAAACUAAAUAUAAAAUCAAUAAAUUUAUAUAAUAAAUUUAUAUAGAAUCGAAUUGAAAUGACAAUGAAAUGCCUAAGAGACUUUAAUUUCCUAGUUGAAAAUAAAUAUAAAUAUUAAACUAACCAUUUUGCCACAAGAAAAAUGACUUAAAACAAAGUCACAUCAUCCCAGAAAAAUGGAAUACAAACGAAAAAUAUUACAAAAUAUCAGAAAAUUAACCAAUGAGCAAAAGGCAAUAUGUAAUGAGAAUCAGACAAAGAAACUAAUUUUUAAAAGUCAUACAAUUUUUAAUUUGCAAGUCUAGACAUUUUAUGAAUAAUAACUGCAUUAUUUCACGUUUUUCUGUCCAUUUGAUUUAGAAUAUUCUGUUAUUUGUUUAAUUUUUUAUUAAUUUAAAUAAAACCUUUAAGAAUGGCAAAAUAAUUUAAUAAAAACAUGCAAUUAAAUGGUAACUUUUAACUUUUUCAGCAAAAGCAAAAAAAUUGAAAAUCAAAAAACCCAAUGGAGCGAAAAUAUCUGCGUACUAUGGAACCCAUUAACCAUUCUCAUACGAAAUUAUAUUUCAAGGAUACGAAUAAAAUUCGGAAAUAUUUUUCAAAGAUUACGCAAAUGACGUACAACAAAAUGCAAUAGCGUCAAUAAUCCAUUUAGUAAAAUUGACUUUAUUAGAAUGUUUUAACGUAUAAGAAACCGUCAACAGUAAUAAAUUAAAAUGU